CAUCUUCAUUUCCCCGCCACCAUUUUCAUUUUCCCGGUAAAAAUAGAAAAGCCAACAAAAUCUCUCUCUCUCUCCCUAACUAACCCAGAUCAGCAGUUUCUUAGCCUCGUCGCUAAAAUACAGUUGUGGGUCCCGACCCUCCUUCCUCCUUCCUUAGCAACGCCCUAUAUUCAGUUUCUCAACUCUCUCUCUCUCUCUCUCUCUCUCUCUCUCCCUCCAUCCUCCUUCGGCCUUGCUCCUUCCUCAACAACGCUUCUGUAUUCAGUUUCUCAACUCUCUCUCUCUCUCCUUCCACUUUCCCCACCUGUAUCCUUAACAACACCUUAGUCGCGUCGCGAAAUGAAUCUUGUCAGCUGUUAUAUCUACCUGUCUAUAUCCAACAAUUCUUCUUCUCCUCUCAACUUCAUCAGGAACUGAAACAAACCCUUUUCUUUUUCCCCUCUCUCUCUCUCUCUCCUUUUUUUUAACCAUAUUUAGGGUUUUGUUUUUUCUUUUGGUUUCCAUGUCCCUUCUCUCUCCCCCUUUAAUAAUUCAAAGUUUCCCCUUUUUUCUGCCUCCCCUACAAAUUAUUAAAAGUCGUUCACUUUUUCAUCAAAAGAAUUUUCCAUUUCAUUCCUUUAAAUAAAAUUUAAAACCCCCCCACCCACCUUGUUAUGCUCUUCUCUUAUUGGUCAAUCUCUCCUCCUCUGUGGAUUUCUUUCUAGGGUUUUUCUAGGGUUUAGUUUCUUCUAAAAAUACUGCCUUUCAUUUUUAUUUUCUGGGUAAAUUAUUCUGAUAAGCAAUUAAUUGAAAUUGAUGGCUUAUCAGCCGGUUCCGGGUCGACCCGGUUCAGGAUCAAGCUCGGGUUCGGGUUUUCCGUACUUGAAUUCUCAGUUCGGAGAUACUACAUACACCAAGGUUUUUGUAGGUGGUCUUGCUUGGGAAACUCAAAGUGAGACUAUGCGCAGAUAUUUUGAGCAAUUUGGGGAAAUCCUUGAAGCCGUUGUUAUUACUGAUAAGAAUACUGGUCGUUCCAAGGGCUAUGGUUUUGUGACUUUCCGGGACCCUGAAGCUGCAAGGAGAGCUUGUGCGGACCCAACACCAAUUAUCGAUGGGAGGCGUGCCAAUUGUAAUUUGGCUUCACUUGGACGACCUAGACCUGCUCUUUCAUUUGGACGUUUAAGGUCACCUAGCCCUUAUAUUGGACAACCUCGUGCUUCAAUGGGAGGUGUUGGGUACCAGCAGCCAGUCUCUUACAACUACCAGCAAGGAUAUGUAUACUCUAUGUAUGGGUAUCAGCCAUAUGGACCUGAUUAUGCAUAUGCUCAGGGCGUUUACAACCCAUAUCUGGGUCAGCAGUACCUUCAGCUGUAUGGAGUUCCUGGAACACCAGGUGCACCCGUAUAUCCUUAUGGACAGUUUGGCCAGUCAGGUCAAGGGGGUGGUUAUACACCUAUGCAGAAUUAUUCAAUGCCAAGCCACCAAAUCUUACAUUUCGGUGGUCCUGGUGUGAAUGCUAUGACAUCUCCCAUCCCCAGCAUUCAAUCACCAUACCAUCCAGGCAAUUUUCUCCCUAUUAAAAGCGUGGUUUCCCCAAUUUCUGGGCAACCUCAGUUUAUGGUUCCUGGACAUUCUCCUCAAUUCAUUCAAGGUGGCGGUUCUGACCAAGUAAAUGGGUGAGAAGACUAAUUCAGUUAUCCUUAGUUUGCAGCGGGACUAAGAGCAGCAGUUCUGCUACUUGAGUGGCGGGCUUCAGAUCUAGCCUUGCAAGUUUAUUAUUUUGCAUUCUAGAGGUCAUACAUAGUCAUACUCACCAGAGAAGUCAGGUUUCUGAGUCACUUUCUAAUGGAGAAGAAAAAUAUGGAAGACAAUGGUUUGUUCUUCCUGUAUCAUUUCAUGCAUCUAAAAACAUCUUUCAUUGUGGUCAGUGGUGCAGUGUUCAACUCAACAAGCUGACUGCACUGUGCAUCGAAGUGGCUGGAAAAGGUAUCCAGUUACCCCUGUAAAAAUAAGAAACAUUCUGUACAAAACAUACGUACUCAUGUUAGAAUCAACAUAUGAUUCUUCUGUAGUUUAGUCCUCCCUUUCCCCCUCGUUCCCAGCUAAUCUGGGGUUGUAUAGAAUAUCUCUGGUGUUUCAUGUGGCCAUGCAUUUAGUAGUCAUCUUUAGGUUCCAUCCAUGUCAUGUGCAUAUAAGUUCUAGGCAUUUCACUUUCAGUGUAGCAUCUGUCAUAUAUGUAUACAUGUAUAAUGUUGGAAGCCCAAUUUCAAUAUAUGGAAGAAGGUUAAGACCA